UCGCCAGGUGGCUAGACUGGUCGGCACACCGCAUCUCGACAUCUCCUUGUGGUGUGAGACGGGUCCAAUGAUGCCGCUUCGAUGGAAUCACUACUCAACUUGAUGAAUAUUGUUCUCGAUCAACGCCUGUAUCCGUACCAGAUAUCAUCACAAAGUUGACACAGCUCGACGAUCAAAAUCUGCAACUAAGAGGACGUCAAGUUGCAGUUCACAGAAUGACGAGAUAUUCUUCGAGACGAGACACCCAGCCCCCGCCGGAUCCAGUUCCUAGUUCAAAGGUAGGGGGCAUGCAAUUGAGAGGGAAGCCACCUAAAAUGGCCGAGACCGCGAAUUCGAUCCCGGCCGAUAUCAGAGCAGACAUCAUCGCCAAUUGGUCUCUGCCCUCGGGCAAGAUCAACGCUUGCGUUGCACCUGAGCGUUGGCCUCUUAACGAGUCUGAUGCAGAGAAGUGGCAUGUCGAUAUCGUCCAUCUGCUCCAUGAAGCAUCAAAACUUUCGAAAGGGAAUAACAAUCUCUUCCAAAUAGAAUUGAACACAGAGGUUGUUUCUCGGCAGAGAAGAAAUCGGAGCGUUAAAGGUAAGGCGGACUGCUUAACCGCAGCUGAUUUGAGAAAAGUUUGCAAGCGUUUGGAGAACUUAAAAAACAUAGAAGAGACGGAAGAGAAAGGAGAACAGGAAGAAGCCGAGAACAGACCAGUACGGCGAGGCAGGUCGAAUGCAAAACCUCAGGAGAAAGCUCAACUCAAAAACGGCCAAAACGCAACAGACACUCAGAAUGCUCUAGAAAAGAAACCCACCACCCACCAACGUAGACGCAACCCACCAGUCUCGGAGUCAAACACCCAAAACACAGCUCGACCAGCACCGAAGCGCCAACCGUCCGACCUCCCCAUCCGCACAGCGCGCAGAUCCCGCACCGCCAAGCUCAAAUCUCCAAAAUCAAAAGUCCCCCUACCCCCCACGACCCCCGCCAACCCGCCCUCAGACUCCGCCGCCUCGGAAGAUGAAGAUCAAGAGAAUACACCCCCAGCACCCAUCAGCGGCCGCCACAUCUACGGCGCCCUCCUCCCGCGCACAACUCUUGCGUUCCCCUCGCCCACCCAGCUCACAGCCGAGUCUACCGUGCCACUGCAAUCGCCCCAGCGCGCCCGUACAACGCGCAAGCGUGCCCGCGCUCGCGCCCCGGAGGAACGGCCAACUGAAGUGCAGGUCGAUCCGGAUCCGCGUGAUAUUGAUGCGACGGGGUUCCUGUCUGAGAUUGAUGUUGGGGAGGUGGGGAAGCAGGAGCCAUCUGUGUUGAGUGUGUUGAAGCGCGGUGUUGUGGGGGAGGGAGAGGAGGAGGCGGAAGUGGCGUGGAGUCAGGAUAUGCUUGCGCCGGAGACGCCUCUUACUUCCAAGUGGGUGGACACGAUGGAUGGUGUGGAUGGAGUGGGGAUCGAGGCUUUGAUGCAGAUACUUCCUCGGAUACCGGGUGGUGCGACGGCGGAGGAGAGAAAAAUGCUGGAGGAUCGAAUUUUACUGUUGCGGAGGGAUAUUGGGGCGUAUGAAAGAUGUGUCACAGAGAUUGAGGAGCGCAUGAAAAUAGAGGGGGGUUUGUGAGCACUGUUUAGUAUGGGAGAACCGGACAUUGGUCUGCAUGGCCCUCGUAAGACCACGUCGAAUGCCAUCCGUUCUUCACAAGCUAGCAACAUAGUAUCCUGUUUCACACCUUGUAAAGAUCUUGUAGUUUCCAUGCCCUGCUAUGAAUCUCGCGGCCUCUAUGAUCUACUUAUCAUUCUGUUUGCUUCACAGCCUGGUACAAAUUAACUUCAAGUGGGAAAGUACAAUUGGCUGAUUGACACACUGCCAAUCAUACAACCCGUAGUAGUGGUUGUUCAAGAGAGAUCUUAAUCGAUACGCCAAUAACCUCGCCCAACAAGAGCGGACAGUGGUAACUCAAGGUAUGAAAAUAGAGGCAGAGAUUGGGUGAUCA